CAACCAUUCCUUUAACCGACCCCGUUAAGCUGCGCUGCCACGCUACUCCGCUACUCCGCUAUGGAGCACGGUGUAUUUCCCCGCCUCAAGGUCAUACACGACAUGCACCAACGCUCGUCGCUCGAAAACUCGAAAACAACGUGACUGGGUCUCUUUGCGGAUCUCGACAGCCUUGUAUCCAGAUUCCAGAUUCCAGAUUCCAGAUUCCAGAUUCCAGCUACCAGAAUCCAGAUCCCAGCUUGAAAAACAGAUUGAAGGCGUCUCAGGAUAGAGCACAGCUGCUGCUAGACCAGGACCAGUAGACACACCUCCCACUUCCUUCGACCGCGAAAGGAUGAGAGCUUCAACCGGGUCGAAGACGGGCGGAAGGAUGGGAACAUCAACCGGGUCAAAAACGGGCAGGACACGCCCAGUGCAUGCUCCACGUAGCUCUAGCUCUGUCCCGUCAAGAACGACACCAGGAGAUCCCGCAGGGGCAUCGUCAUCGUCGUCGGCAUCAACGUCGGCAUCGAACACAGCUUCAGAUCGAGCUGCGGCUCCAUCGACUAAACAAACAGCUUCUACCGAAAAGACAAAUACAUCAUCCACACGACAACAACAACAACAACAACAACAACAACAACAACGGCGCAUCAAUCCGGUGGCGCUGAAUGCGUAUGCCGUGAACCAAUUAAGCGCAAGAAAAGGAGGACGGACGGUACCGCCUCGUUCUGGGGCAGGGGCAGCAGCCGCAGCCGGAAGCAAGGCGUUUCCAGAAAAGUACAAUUCAGUAGCGAGAAAAGUCACAUUUACACUUGUCGCUCUUCCAAUAGCGAUAGUCACGAGUUAUUUCUUAUAUGAACGAUUGGUCACGGGCGUAGAACGAAAGAGACUGGUGACGGCUGAGGAGAAGACGGAAAGAAAAUAGGCUGUUGAAAGACCCAUUUUCUAUUGAAUAAACAAACCCAAAAAAGAAUAGAAGAAAAAAAAAAUAUAUAUAUAUAUAUAUAUAUAUAUAUAUAUAACUUAUA